AUGCCAGAGGUUCACAAGACCAAGACAUUGGCUGCCACAGCCGGAGCUGCAUUUCCCUUUUGCUUCGUUGACCCUACAGGUACCGCCCAGCUGGUCUUUCUGACUACAAGCACUGGCGUUGGACUUGGUCUCACCGCUCGUCUUGGUCGAAAUAUUUGGGGAAAGGCGCAAAAGUUGAGGUCGUCUUCAAAACGAGCACCGACCGAAGGAAAUGUCGACUUCGCUUCUGACAGUGACCAUGGGCUGGUGGCAUUUGAUCAGAGGGAAUUCGAAGAAUGCAUCCGAAAACUUGCCGCGAGCAUGACCGGGAUAGUUGUCUCCGGCAGCCUCAGCACCGUUCUACCCCACUACGUCGUUGGCUUCCUACUCAGCGGCGGAGAAGCCGCAUACUACCUGCGUAAACUUUGGAAAAUGCGGGACAUGUGCGGGGGCACCAAACAAUUAAUGGAAAACGUCUCAAAGUUCGACGUGGCAUUGCAGGUCUCGGCUGGUGUGUGUAUCAGGUUUCUUACGACAAUACUUUUCCUUGGUGCUGCCGAAUUCAACACCUUUGUGGACUCAACCGCAGCUGUUUGCGACGGGCUGAUGAAUUCGGGGAAUGGCGCCACGGAAGGCGCGGAUGCCCUCAAAGCUACGCACGAUAGCCUCCUUGGCCAGGAUCUUUUUGGCGCGAGCACUGCCUUAGCAGGAGCACCGUCUGAGGGUCUGUCCCAAGUCUUCGGAUAUGGCACAGACUACACGCCCACAUGGACUGACGGCGCGCCUCCCGCGCAUUGGGCUGCUUUUGGUGGUGCCAGUUCCGUCGCCGAGACAGCCCUGGCCAGAUUGGUGGAAGAACCUGUCCACAAAGCCAUCAAUGUUGCUUCGUCUAUUGGUGAGAAAUUUGCUUUCUCAAAACAGGGGCCGUGA